AUGGAAUAUUUUUCCAAGUACUUUGCUUUCCUCCACUGGAUGAUGUAUCUCCUAGAUCUUCUCCGCGUCAUUACAAGGACAGAACCCAGAACGGAGUCUACCGACACCGAGGCUGUUGACGUGUCCGAGGAGAACACGGAACCAACGCCGGUGGUAACCCAGAACGUUGACGCAUCCCAACAAACGGACGACGCGUUUGAAACCCAGAUUCAAAAGGCCCGCGAAGAAGAACUGAUUAAAGAGAUUUCUGAUUUAAAAGACCAACUUCAAACGGCGCACCGCGUUAGCGGUGUAUCGAGACGAAAGGCCGACAAACUCGCGUGGGAUCUUGGCAUCUUUGAAUCAAAAUACCAUCUGGACAUUGCGGAGCUAACGAGGAAAAGGUCAGAUGAAAUCAUCCGCAAGGAGAUUGAAACCAUGAAAUUUCAAGACGAAUACGACAAUCGAAUCUUUGACUUGGAACUGACCAACACCCAACAGAUGCAACGUAUUCUAGAAUUGGAGAUGGAACAAACUAGUCGUCGACAGCAGCGCGAUCCUGUGUGUGACAAGCGAUCUGGCGAGCUCGAAGCUUCUGUUGCGAAAAUCGAGAGCGUUCAACAACAUCUUUCUUCCAUAGACGUUGUCACAGAGUACGCAAAAUGGACUAUAAACUACGUCCUGGAACAGGUUAAGGUAGAAAUCCCUUCUGCGGCUAGCGAGAGUUCACAACCCGACGAUGAGAAGGAACGAAUGAUCGAAGACACGCAAACCAUCAAGUGCGAAAUGGAAACAGUCAAGUUAGAACUGGAGGACGCGAAGGAGCGACUGAUCAAAGAAACGCAAACCUUCAAGUGCGAAAUGGAGUCUGUCAAGGUAGAACUCGAGGACGCGAAGGAGCGACUGAUCAAAGACACUCAAACCAUCAAGUGCGAAAUGGAGUCUGUCAAGGUAAAACUCGUGAAUGCGAAGGAAACCAUUGCCGAGUUGGAACAAUGUAAGAACCGUUUGAUCGCUACUGAGUCGCAAAUGAAGACGAUCACUGAAGGCAAAGACGCCCUUUUGGCUUUGAAAGACGCGGAAUUGAAACAAUUGCGAAAAUCGGCCAAACAGGUUCAGCGUAAAUCUGAAGUGAAGACCCGAGAUGUUGGAUGCGACACGGAGGACCUUCCUCAGCCCGUGAAGGCCAAAGGAAUAGAUGUUGGAUGCUGCACGGACGAUUUCCCUCAACUUGUGAAGCCUAAAAGUCGAGACGUUUCGUGCGACACUGAUGAUCUUCCAUCACUUCCUGAGGCUGGAAAAAAAGACGUUGGAUGUGGCAUCGAUGACCUUGCACCCCUUGCCGCUGCCAAAGAAAUCCAAGGAGCGUCUGCCGAUGAAGGGAAACAAUCAGUUGAUGAAAGUGAGAGACUUACAGAAUUUCGGGAGGUUUCGUCUAGAAAGAAAAAGGCCAAACUUCAGGCUGAAGCAGCAGCUAAAAAGGAGGAACGUGCACCCGAAAAGGACAAGACUCCAGCGGAGUUGGUAUCGAUUUACGAAACUGUGAUGGACGUUAUUUCUCCAUCACAAUUUCCUCCGCUGUCCGGCAAAAGGCCCCCAGGUCAACCUGCCGCUGAUGUCAGACCUGCCCGACAACCUGCCGCUGAUGUCAGACCUGCACGACAACCUGCCACUGAUGUCAGACCUGCACGACAACCUGCCGCUGAUGUCAGACGUGCACGAAAACCUGCCGCUGAUGUCAAACCUGCACGACAACCUGCUGCUGAUGUACAACCACCAGUUGUUUUCCAGUCAGCUGAUUACAGAUAUAAACAAAAGCCGAUCGAAGGUUACUCAGUCAACCUGUCCGAAGGCCAAACAUCGGUUCAUCCGCCAGCUCGACCCCAAGCGAAGGCUACGCCAACUGCUGCGCCAACUGUCGCUCCUGAGAAGGAGAAGGCUGCCACAGCUAAACCAGCUGCCAGUUUCGCCAUUGUUUCUGGAGAAAUUCCACAAUUGCAAAGUGCGGAUAAAUUGGUACUCUUGGACAUUCAUUACAGAAACUACGGUCGUAUUGUGGGACGAGGAGGUGAAAAUGUCAGACGCCUGGAGGAGACUCACGGAGUCAUGAUGACCUUAGUCCAAAACCAAAAUGCUCUCCAAUUUUACAACUUGAAAAUAUCAGGAGGGAGUCCCGCAAAACGUCGAGCUGCCGCACAAGAAGUUAUCGAAGGUCUGCCGGUGACAAUCGAGUGUUCUAACGUCGACUUAAGGCAACUCCGUCAUCUAAAAAUGCGAAGUUCCGAGACUGAAUUCUUCGUCUCCGUCAGACGCCCGAUGUCACGUGAUGAGAAACUACAACUCUCAGGCCGAAUAAACGACUGCCGAAAAGCUUUCGACCUUCUCGUUAACGGGAGAGAUCCGCGGCCAUCCCCCAAAUAA